GGGGCGGUGCUCCCCCGGCGGGGCCGUGCUUCCGGCCGGCGGCGGAUGCCGAGGGGCGGCUGACAGGCGGGCGGGCCAGGUGGUGGCAGGAGUAGCGGCGGCAGUUCUCCUUCUAGGCACUACAGAAUAAACUGCAGUAUCUGGGGACCAUGGCUACAGACCCACUCUCAGAGCUUCAGGACGACCUGAACUUGGAUGAUACCAACCAGUCCAUCAGCCAGCUCAAACUGGCCUCCAUAGAUGACAAGAGCUGGCCAGCAGAUGAAGCCCCUGCUUUUUCCAGAUCGGAGGACUGCAAAGGCUCCCCUGAGCUGGUCACUCACCUGCAGUGGGAUGAUCCCUACUAUGAUAUCGCCAGGCAUCACAUCGUGGAAGUGGCAGACCAGGGUGCACUUGAUGGGGCUCAACCAGGUGAUGACAAAUAUGGAAGGAAAGUGAUCUUGUUCAGUGCCUGCCGGAUGCCCCCUAGCCAUCAGCUGGAUCACGUCAAACUGCUGGGGUACCUGAAAUUCACACUGGACCAGUAUGUGGAGAGUGAUUACACACUGGUGUACCUGCACCACGGCCUCACCAGUGAGAACAAACCAUCCCUGAGCUGGCUGCGGGACGCCUACAGGGAGUUCGAUCGCAAGUACAAGAAGAACAUCAAAGCCUUAUAUAUUGUGCACCCAACUAUGUUCAUCAAGACCCUGCUGAUUCUUUUCAAGCCUCUGAUCAGCUUUAAGUUUGGACGGAAGAUCUUUUAUGUGAACUUCCUUAGUGAGCUGGAGGAGUAUGUGAAGCUCGAACAGCUGGGGAUCCCAAGUCAAGUGCUGAAGUAUGAUGAAUAUCUGAGAUCCCUCCAGAAACCUUCACAAGUGCCCCAGAAGCCAACACCCCCACGCCCACCACUGCCAAACCAGCAGUUUGGAGUCUCGCUCCAGCACCUCAGGGAGAGGAGCCCUGAUCAGUCUCCUGUGCCCCUGGUGAUCAGAGACACCAUCGCUCACUUGCAGCAGCACGCUCUUACCACGGAGGGGAUUUUCAGGAGAUCAGCCAAUACACAGGUUGUCAGGGAGGUGCAGCAGAAAUACAACACAGGUGUGCCUGUAGAUUUCCAGCAGUAUGAAGAUGUCCACCUCCCUGCUGUGAUUCUCAAGACCUUCCUGAGAGAGCUACCUGAGCCUCUUCUCACUUUUGACCUCUACAGCCAUGUUGUCAGCUUCCAGGACGUGGAGGAGGUGAAUCGCGUGGACGUUGUCCGCAAAGCACUCCAGGCUCUGCCGGAAGAAAACUACCAAGUGCUCCAUUUACUGACAGCCUUUCUGGUGCAGGUAUCUGCUCACAGUGACAGAAACAAGAUGACAAACACCAACCUGGCAGUUGUGUUUGGCCCAAAUCUGCUGUGGGCCAAAGAUGUGGCCAUCACCCUAAAAGCCAUCAACCCCAUCAAUACCUUUACCAAGUUCCUGCUGGACCACCAGAAGGAGCUAUUUGAGGGUGUGGAAGCCUGAAUCCAGGCCAGCCCACACCAGCACACUGUGCCCACCUUCCCACUUUCUUUCCCACCUCGUCUUGGAGCUGUGACCAAGCUGUCUCCAGUGCAAAGGGACCAUUGAUCCUCUGGGUGAUGAGCAGAGUGAGGGCUGUGGAGAUGGUGGAGAAAGCAUGUAAAUAAGCAAGCAGGGGACCUGCUGCUCCUGAUGGGGAUGGGAGCUGGCCUCCCAGCUGCUGAGUGGAGUCCUAACCCACCUGCCAGUCUGUACAGCUCCUCCAGGGCUCAUCACCAGUCUACUGCCCUAUCAGAUGACCUGCCUUCCUUUCCUUCUUCCCUUACAUGCAGUUUUCCUGUCCUCCUGGUCCCUUCCCCAGCAGAGAGAUUUUUAAUUUAAGCUCCCAGUAGCCCCAGGUCCCCCCUCGUGCCUCAGCUGGGCUGCCUGGGCUGGGGCAGGCUUGUUGGGUUUUGUGGCAGAGAUGUUCUUGCUGUGAGUGCCAUCUCAGCACUGAAUAUGCAUCUUGCCUUUCCCCAGAGGCACCUGAAGCUGGGAAGGGAGCCAGGCAGCCCUUGUGCCUCAGGUAGCAGCGUGCCCUACACUUGCAAACACCACUCCAGACACCGUGGGUUUGGCAGGCAAGUGAAGGACAGGUUCCUGGCACGUGGGCUGGGUGAGCUGUCAGGCUCCAAAAUAAGGAAGCUGCAUUUAGCCCAAACCCCUCUGGAGCCACCCACUCCAUAGAGUGUUCACUGUUUGCUGGGGUGUUGUGGGAGAGGUGCCUCUUACAGUUACCCAGCCCAGGUGUGUUUGUCCUUCUAGCAGCAUUUUCAGCCCAGCUGGGAAGGUUCAUGCCAGAGCUGGCUGUGUGUGGGGGACUGGCUAGGGCUCUUUGCCUGCUGGUGAGUCUGAAGGGCAAGGAGCACAAGUGCCCUGGUGGCACUGAGCUGCUGAACGCUGAGGGUCACUGCCUUUGCCUGCAGCAGCAGCACCAGGCCUCCUCUGCUCUGUCAGGCAUGUGGAUCUGUGCUGACUGGCACAGACUGCCUUGGCCAGCUGUCUUUCCCCAGCACAGGGUAAUGGAGAGCAUGGCCUUGAGGGAGAGCCUAGGGACUGAGGCU